UCACUUGCAAUACAUACUAUGGAGUGAUGUCAUGCAAUGUUAUUGGAAUGUAUGAGUGAACUAAUUGAAUGAAUUUAUUGACUACACGUUUAAUAAGAGAAAGAGAGAGAGAGAGAGACUCACAGUUAUUACUGCAGUGUAUGUAAUAGUAAUCAAACAGUGAAUAUCAUUGACUGUGUAUUACAAACACAGUAUUAUUAUUAUUAUUACUGUUUAUCACAACAACAAUAACAACAUUACUAUCACUGAUUGCCAUACCUUACGAUAUUUACAAUCACCACUGACUGGUCCUCCCAUUUCUGAUAUUCAUAGUUAAUAGAAGAAGAAGAAGACGACGAAGAGAUGGUCAAACUGUACUACAUAUCUGUAUUGUUCAAGAAUGAGAACAAUCGGGUGAUUAACUUAAAGUCAGCCCAAGACCUGACUUCGUUCGGCUUCUUCCAGAGGAACAGUGUGGCCGAGUUUAUGAAGUUUACGUCUAAAGUAUGUGUUGAACGGUCAGAGAAGGCUUCGCGAUCUUCAGUCAAACAACAAGAAUAUAAUUGUCAUAUCUAUGUCAAGUCUGAUGGUUUGUCGGGAGUGAUCAUUUCGGAUCACGAAUAUCCACACCGAGUGGCCCACACACUCAUCAGCAAAGUGUUGGACGAAUUUUCUGAGUCUAUACCAUCACAUUCCUGGCCAACUCUUAUGGAAAAUUCGGCACCAUUUCCUAUACUCGAUGGAUAUCUGGCCAAAUACCAGAAUCCGAAAGAGGCGGAUGCCAUGACUAAAAUACAAGAAGAUUUAGACGAAACAAAGAUAAUAUUACACAAUACUAUCACUAGUAUACUACAGAGGGGCGAAAAGUUGGACACAUUGGUGGCCAAGAGUGAAGACUUGAGUUCACAAAGCAAAGUCUUCUACAAAACGGCCCGAAAGACUAAUCAAUGUUGUCAUCUCUACUAAAAGUUAUUAUUAAUUAUAAAUUGUUUUUUAUAUCUAUUUUACAAAUAUAUAUAAAUUUAUAUAUA